AUGGUUGGAAGGCUAUUGCUGAAAUUGGGAAUAAAAAAGUUUGUGGUUAAGGUGACAAGGUUGAUAGAACUGUCAAGAACGAAACUGUGGAAGGAAAAAAUGAUGAACUCUGAAUUGUUGGAUAAGAAUUUUGGAGUUUGUUUCCCGGAAGAGUUAGAUGGUGCGUUGGAUACACAGCAAGGUUCUGCAAAUUGUUGUAAAUUCAAUCGAUGGGGUUCACUAAUUGCCGUUGGCAGUAUCGAUGGUCGCGUGUACAUUUUCGAUCUCAUAACCAAAGGAGUCGUUAAAAGUUGGGUUUGUCAUGGUUAUUCUGUCACGUCAUUAAGUUGGUCCCGUGAUGGACGUAAGUUAUUAACAGCAAGCAACGACUGGUCCGUAGCAAUCUGGGAUGUUCUAGAAGGAUCUCGAAUUGAAAGACAAAUUUAUGGCUCUCCGGUUCUUUGUGCAAUGUUCAAUCCACGCAACGACAAACGCAUAUUGGUUAUUUAUUUGGGUGCUAAUCCAGUGCUCUUGGAUUUGGAAGCGAAACUACAGACAGAAAUAAAGUUUCCUGAAGAAAUCGAUGAUCAAUCUGGAGAUGUUACCGUGGGAACGUUUGAUCGUAGAGGAAAAUACAUCGUUACCGGUAGUAGUAAAGGUCGCAUUGCUUUUUACAAUGCUCAGACAUUAGAACUGAUCACAUUUGUGAAGCAGAAUGCUACACAUCAGAUUAAAAAUAUACUGCUUACACGUCGUGGUGAUUUCCUACUAACAAAUUCUCAGGAUCGUAUUAUUAGGACUUACAAGUUGGAUGUUUUACUUAAAAAACAUCAUGGUACUAUUGUUGAACCAUUGCAAAAGCUUUUAGAUAUAAUCAAUAAAGCACAUUCGUUGUACAUUUGGGAAAGAAAUUCUGGAAGUUUGAUCAAAAUGUUGCAUGGCACAAAGGGUGAGACCUUACAUGACGUGCAGUGGCAUCCGACACGCCCCAUCAUACUUUCAAUUGCUAACGGUCUUGUUUCUGUAUGGACUCAGGCUCAUGUUGAAAAUUGGAGCGCCUUUGCACCUGAAUUCACUGAACUUGAAGAGAAUGUAAAAUACAUCGAGAAAGAGUCGGAAUUCGAUUUGGAGGAUGAGGAUGCGGAUGAGCCAACUCCACAAACUUCCAAAGAAGAGGACGACGAAAUUGUUGACGUUGUAACUCUUAAACCAAACGCUGUUUACUGUAGUUCGGACGAAGAUGAUGAUGGUAGCAUGUAUGUCACUGAUUUAACUGCUAAACAAGGCCCACUUUGGUUUCUACCAAUUGCACCCGAAAUCGAAAAUCCAGAGGAAAACCCUGCAUCAUUAUUCACAGAAACAGAAGAAAUGACGAGUACGCUUGAUGGAGAACCUUAUCCAGGUAGUCGGAAAAGGCCCGCGACCUGUACUGCUUCUAGUGUUAUGUCGAUGCGCAACUUGACCAAACAACGAAGGUUUGAAGUUCGAUGA